AUGGCGCAAGUCGAUCUUUACGAUGCAUUUGAGACGACAAGAUGCGUGAGGCUCUUUGAGCUUCUGCCAGGCAAACGAGGCGACGCUUUGCAGGGUCAUUUGAGGGUUUCAAACUUCGACAAAAGGCUGUACUAUGAGGCAGUGAGCUACGUGUGGGGUAGUGAAACUGAUCCAGUCGACUUGAAUUGCGACGGUCACCAAGUGAAGAUUACCCAGAAUCUUGCGGCCGCUUUGCGUCGUUUUCGCCGAGAAGACUCCGCUCGGACAUUGUGGGUGGAUAGUGUCUGCAUCAAUCAAGCGAAUUUGCAGGAGAGAUCUCACCAAGUUCAUAUGAUGAGUGACAUCUACAGAAAGGCUUCUUGCGUCCUGAUCUGGCUGGGUGAAGACGAGGAGAAUGACGCAUCCGAUGCUUUUGCAUGUGUCCGUCAAUUAGUCACAAAUAUUUGGAGUCGGAAGGAAGACUUAGCUCGCUACGUGGAUCUCAAUGGUUUUAUGGUGACGUCUAAAAAUGCUGAUGAGAUAAAAGCCAAGUUCAAGCUGCCAUCAACGGACGCCAUCAAGUCUCUAGAUAGACUAUUUGCCAUUUCCUGGUUUGAUAGGGCCUGGACUUUUCAAGAAUAUUAUGUCGCUCGCGAAAAGACCUUUUUUUGGGGCCUUCACCUCUUUCUUGUAGAAGAUGUUGUGAAAGCUUUAAGAAGCUUGUUGUGGUUACACCGUAGCACAGGCGAUAAGUUCUUCGAUUUGCACAUUCUUAACAAAGGUAGCCAGAUUAUAAGCGAUGAAAAGUCGAAAAGUUUCAGGACUGGUGAGGAAAGACGUGAUUUCUUCACGAUAAUCAGCAGGAGGCGAGGGACAAGUUGCAAGGAUCCACGCGAUUUGGUAUACAGCAUCAAGGGGAUCAUUACGAAUGGUUCACUGAUUGAGGUCGAUUACUCUCAGCCUUGGCGAGAGACGUUUGCAGCGUCAACGGCUAGAUAUAUAUCAAGUUCGGGCAAUCUUGACAUCUUCCGUGAUGUAUGCCCUGGAGAGCAGCAUGCCAUGUUACCAUCUUGGGUGCCCGAUUGGCGUGCAAAAGUAAGAUCUCCAUUGUUGCGAAUGACAGUAUCCCUUGCUAGACCUUAUCAUUGUAGCGCCUCUUCCAAAGCCAUGUCCCGCUUGUCUUCAUCUUACAUGGAGAUCAGGCUUCAUGGAAUUCUUUGGGACUCGAUUAUCGCAAUGAACAACCAAGAGACCGAAACAGAUAUGAUCUGGAUGCAGAAGAAAAUUUUGAAUAUUCCUCGAGAUCGUACCCUAGAUUUUCAGGAGCAACAGGAGCUAGUGAACUUUUGUUCAAAAGACUUUGUCUAUUUGCCAACCUCUGAAGAUGCGUUCGAGUGCUACACAAGACUUGCCUGCCUAGACUUGGAUCCCUUACUCUUCGACAGGCGUUUGAACCGACAAUCCAUGUCAAAGGAACCAAAAACUGAAGGGUAUAUCCAUUCACUCAUAAAGUCUCAAAAGCAGUAUAUGCACGGGCAAAACCUGGCAUUUACCAAGUACCGCCGUCUCGGUGUCGUGCCAGGUUGGGCAAGACCAGGCGAUGUAGUAGCGAUCCUCAUGGGUGGGGAAGUCCCCAUCAUACUACGCCCAGAUCUAAGCGAUGGAAAGUAUACACUGAUUGGCGAGUCCUACAUGCAUGGAUUCAUGGAUGGGGAAGCAUUGGUAGAGGCGAGAAAGCAAUCAGACCCAAGCUAUGAUACUAAUGAUACUUCCUGGCUGGAAGACUUGCACGAAGGGCAGCUGCCGUUUCCUACGACUGAAUUCAUCAUCAAAUAA